CGGCAUGCAAUGACAUGUCAGCGUCGCUCGGUCUCUCAUGCUCAUUGGUCGCCUCGUCGGCCGAAGCUGGGUGCCGUGGAGACCGUUGUCAAACAGACAAGAUGGCGCCGGCGGGUUGGAGUGAGAAUAUGGAUGUUGUUGAAAAGGCCAGAAUUUAUUGCCCUAAUUAUCCUUGAGAAGGUGGUGGUGAGAUGCCUUGUUGAACUGCUGCAGUCCAUUUGGUGAAGAUAUUCCCAGAGUGCUGAAAGGUUCCUGACAAGAAUAUUUGUGAAAUGAAUGAAGAAGAAAUUGUGGAGAAAAACGACCUCUCUCCUUUGGAAAAAAGUAGCACUUUGUCGCAGACCCAACCUGCACAAGGGUCAGCUUCAGAAAUGACAAAGGAUGUCUGUGAGCUGUAUGAAAAUGAUAAUGUCCAGACUGUCUCUUCAGAACCGUUUAUGUACAGACAUCGGCCAACAUCAGGAAGAACACAGGACAUAUCGUUUUUAUUGGCAAGUAUCUUCAAGGAACUUUACACUGGAAGAGUUAUUGGCAAGGACGUAACAAAGAACCUUCUGACGUCACGUGGUGGAGACAAUGAGUACCACGAGAGAUUUGUGCAACAGCUGCAAGAGAUUCACACAGAGUAUGACAAACGAAUUGCAGAAGUUGACACAGUUGAAAAGCACAUCAUCCAGGCCCGGGCACGAGCCACAGCAGCAGAGGAAAAGGCCUUGAAUAGAAAAACGGGGUAUGGGAUCGAUUAUCAAUCACUGAAUCAGAAAUCACUGGGAGUACCAGCAGCGAAGUCCGCAUUCAGGGACUGCAUAGACAGUGAGCUACUUAAGAAGCACAACUUAAUCACUCCUGAGGAUUAUAUCACUGAGAAGCCCCUGAGCAGCAAAACCCCAUUACCUGCAGGGAAACCUCAGACCUAUGUUCCCAAACUAACAGAAAACUUCAAGAAACGGAUUUCUAAUAGCCCAGUGGAUGAUGGAUAUACACACAUGAGCCAACCUAAGGCUCCCUGCACAUCGCUGGAGUGCAGAUCAUCCUUAACUCUACUGUCGUCUUCUGAGGAAUCCGUGAAUCUGAAAGGGCCCAAACCCAAGGAAGAAACAUCAAGGAAAGACCUCUGGAAGGACGAGCUCCCUGUGGCUGAUCGAAUCCAGGCACGGCAGGAGUUGGCGAAGUUCGAGAGAUGCCACAACUUCCUGAAAAACCCACGCUACCUGCCGCCUCAACUAGGAGGCAAAUCUCUCAUUAUGCCAAAAAAGAAGAUACCAAAGAAAGUGGCUGGAAGACACCUAUUUGUAGACCAGAGUGACCCCAGUGAGCCUAUUCCUGUCUUUCUGGCAAAUCCACCCAUUAUUCUCUUUACGGACUACAAGGUGGGACAGGUGUAUGAGACAAAUGUUGAGUUGCGGAAUCUGACUUCCAGCAGCCGCCAGCUCAGAGUUAUCCCACCGAGUACUUCAUUCUUUUCCAUUGGGCUGGGUAAAUUCCCAGGAGAGGGAGGAAUUGUCGCUCCGGGGAUGACCUGCCAGUACACAGUCCGAUUUGCUCCUGAUUCUCCAGCUGAAUACGAGGAUUUCCUAAUUGUGGAGACACAGACACCAUAUCCACUUGUGGUCCCCAUUGAAGCCAGAAGAGCUCCUCCUAUACUAACCUUACCUGGUACUUUAGACUGUGGAUACUGCUUGGUGGGUGGAGUGAAGAUUACAGAAUUCCUGUGCAGAAACGAUGGCUACAACUCUGGCUGUUUCUGCGUGAUGCUGAAGAAAAUGUGGCCAACGACAAAUUUCAGGAGUGUAGCAGCUGCUGGCUUUCUGGACGUAACUCCUUUUGCAGUCAGGCCUGCCGUCUUUGAGCUGAAUCCAGGCCAGGCCCUGAUCCUGGAGGUGGCCUUCCUUCCACCUUCUUCAGAAACCUUCUCCCAAACUAUUACUAUGGUGUGUGACAACUGUCAAGUGAAAGACUUUGUACUAACAGGCACUGGUCAACUUGUUGCUCUGGAUUUCAUCUCUAUCUCUGGUGGAGAGAGUGUUACUGCCCCAGGAGAAUGCAGAGAUGUAACAGCAGAUCAUUUUGUGCGCUUUGAUGCUACCAACCCAUGUGUUUGUUCUCAAAAGAUACUCACCCUCCGCAACGCUACGCACGUGGAACUUCCCUUUUGCUGGCAAAUACUAAAACCUAAUCUGAUAUGUGCUAUUCCUGGCGAGUCUGUCCAACCCACCAACCUGGACUAUGAUCAGGAUUUAAAAUCCGCCUUUCACAUCUGCCCGGAUAAUGGAGUUUUGGAUCCCCACCAAGAUCAUGAGUUCAUCCUCACUUAUUUCCCGCAAGAGCUGAAGGACUAUCACAGUGUGCUUUACCUUGUAUUGCGGGAUAUUCCAGAACCUUUGAAUGCCAACGAGUGUAACACCAGUAGGAAAAAUAGCUUGGAAAGAUCUAUGAAAACAGCUUCUGCAGCGAUUAGUAACGUCAUUGGCUUGGAGCUGGAGGUUAAGGGAUAUACCGAGCCAUUUCAAGUCCUAUUGAAGCCUUACGCCAUUCUCAUCCCAGGCGAGCACUACAUGGGCACGACUCUGAAAAAGUAUUUUGAGAUGUGGAAUAAUAGCAAAUCUACCAUCUACUAUGAGUGGGAGAGCAUGCACGAUUCUCAUAUCUUGGAGGUGCUGCCACCUUGUGGAACAAUAGAGCCCAAUGAUUACUGUGACCUGGAACUGUUACUUACUGGAGGCAAGCCUGAGAAAAUGAGCCACCGUCUGCAGUGUCACAUCAGAUAUCAAGAGGAGCCAGUGGCCCUUUACAUGGAGGCAACUUUUGUGGGUCCACAGGUUUGCAUUGACCUUCCAUCCCUGGAUUUUUGCCUGAUGAGGCUGGGAACCAGGGCUAUGUCCACCAUCCCGAUCAAGAACACAUGCCAGCUUUCAGCUUUGUGGCAUCUCCAAGAGAAUCCAGAGUGCCUGAGGGAACAGAAUGAAGAGGUCUCGCAGUUUACCUUUGAACCAUCUAGCGGGGAACUGCCACCACUGGCUGAGUGCUGUGUGACCGUCCUCUUCACGCCAACCAAGUGUCAAAGCCUGAAGACAGUUCUCGAGUUGAAAGUGGAAAAUGGAAGUACAAGUCACAUUGCAGUGCAGGCUGAAGUCCAGGAGGUGCGGGUGUGUUUACUGUCCUGUGCUGUCAUUUUCAAAGAUGUCUACAUUGGGAUCCCAGCACAGGAAACAGUGAAACUCUUCAACCAGACACUACUACCAGCAAAAUACACCUGGGGAGAGCUGCAUGAAAGUGAUGUGCAUCAGUGUAGAGUCACUGCCACACCAGCGAGUUGCACUUUGGGACCAAAGGAAGAGGCAGUGGUGUGUGUGGAAUUAACAGCUUUCGGCAUGCAUGAACUGAGCAGUGUGACACUCUCAUGCACAGUAGAGGAGAUGAAAGAACCGCUUCUGUUGGAGAUACUGGCUAAACCAAAGGGCCUGAAUGUCACUUACAGCCUUCCUGCUGACAGCACCGAGGAGAGUGACAAGCUACUUCUGGACUUCGGGGACAUGACGGUGAACAGCACAAUGAAGAAGCAAUUGCUGAUCACCAACAACACUGCCAUUCCAGCACCAUUCAACCUGGAAGUGGAGUACUUCAGCAGCUGCCCUCCAGUGCCUCCUUCAAGCAGCAGGCUGUUAGCCAGUCAGUCGAGUAGUCAGUCGAGCAAUCACUCUAGAACAUCUCUUCUUAAGAGAACAGUGACCCUUACAGGAGGCGCAAGCAAGUCACCGAACCAACUACAACGUGAAUUUGCGGAUGCACUGCUCUGUCACAGGAAGGGUGCAGCGUUUGUUGUCCAGCCGAAUGCAGGGACCUUGGGGCCCUUCCAGCAGCAGGCAAUUGAAAUUACAGCCUUUGCCAACAUGUGGGGAGACUACACCGAUUAUCUCAUUUGCAGAGUUGAAAAGCUCGAGCCUACUAAUGUCCUGAUGAAGUUGUCUAUUAAAGGUGUUCCACUCUACUUCAAGGUUUUAGGACCACAGAAGGACAAUCAGAUGCAAGGCCCUGUGGUCAGGUUUGGUACCCGUAUCUCUGGAGGUGACACAGUGUCUCGUUCCCUACGGCUCAUCAAUACAGGUCCCUACGACAUUCGAUUGGACUGGGAGACAUACAACCAAGAGAAGGACGACUUGCAGCUGGUGGAUCUGAUCGUUUCAUAUGGGCAGCAGUUCCCGCUGAAGGAUGAAAGCGGUAUUGAGAUCAUUGGGACCAGCAUCGCUUCCAGCGAGAGCGAACACAGCUUCAACUGGGAUGCUGUUUCUAACAGCGUAGGGAGCAGUUCUUUGGCACUCCAGACGGCAGAAUGUGAACUGGAAGAGGAAGAAGAACCAGAAGAGGAAGAAAAAGAGUCGCCAACAAACGCUUUAAUUUCUGUGGCCCUACGAGCUCACGAGGGCACUGCGGCAGACUAUCCAUAUUAUGUGACCCCAAGACAGGUGGUAGUUCCUGCUGGUGGGUUUGUCACCAUCAAUGUCUCCUUCACCCCACUUACACUGACUGAAGUGACAACCGAUGUUGAGUGCGAGGGCUUUGCCUUGGGAUAUCUCAGUCUAGAUGAUCAGAUGGCAUUCGGAGUACCUGGAAAGGUGACUCGAGCCCAAGGAUAUGAUGCAGAGGCUUUACGUUUAGACUUCAAGGCAGUUGUAAAGCCUGCUUUGUUAAGAGUGCAGAUGGAUGAUGACGAUGAAGACCUUUCGUUUUAUGCAGCUGCAAGUGACUUGAUCCCAGAUGGACUGGAAGGCGGAAUCCAAAGAGAAAUGUUGACGACAUGUGGCUUGAGGCUGAUGAACCCCACUGAGACCCCUCUCUACUUUCAGUUUUUGCUGCAUAGACCAUUCUGUAUUUUGAACGUGGACCCCAAAGACAGCCUUAAAUCUUCAAACAGUGACCGGGAGGAGAAUACGAAGAUGUUGGUACUACACCCACAACAGCACAUGCAUGUCACCAUUGCAUUUUGCACUUCCGUGGAGCUGUUGAAACCCCAGGAGAGUUGGCGUCAGAAGAAACAAUGGAAACUGGAGUUUAACCAGGACCUUGUGAUCGAGUACAACAACAAGGCUACACAGCUCAUUCCUCUCCAGGCUUUCUUCGCACUGCCAUUCUUCCAGCUCUCCACCAAUAACAUCGAUUUCGGUAUUUGCUUUGUUGGACAAACUAGGAGAAAGGAGAUCUUCCUCCUGAACAGGACGGGAUCAAAGAGCUACUGGACUGCAGUCAUCGCUCCAAGUGAAAGCCAGGAGGACCAGGGAGUGUUUGAAAUUUGUCCCAAGCACGGGGUUCUGGAAGCGCACUCCAUCCAUUUAUCAGUAAGCCGAGUAGCAAUACAGAUCAACUUCACCGCAAGAGACAAUAAAGUAUAUCAAACAAGCAUUACCAUCCAAGGAAUACUGGGAGAGACCCCCGUAGAAUUCUCAGUUCAGGGAAGAGGGUCGUUUGACGAAAAAUACGAAGCUAUGUUCAUCCCGUAGCAUCAGCAGAGAUCGAAAAAGCACAGUGCUUCCACUUUAUUAACAAACUUGACGACUCAAAUGAUUUGUUGUACCGUCUUUGUGAACUCUUAACAUCUGAAAUAUUUUUUUCUAUUAAAACUAAA